AGCGAAAAUAGCCGAACACUGUCGAUGCCGCCGCACUGAGCGUCACUACCCUGCACAGAGUCGUGUGACUGUAUCUGCUGCGUGUGUGUUUGUGUGGAGUUUGUUUGCAUGGUCAACAUGAGUUGCUACAUCCAAGUGUGCGAAGAAGAGAAUGAUGAGCCCAUCGAGAUCCCCACCGAAGAUGACAGCACCUUACUGCUAUCAACUUUGGUGGCGCAGUUCCCCGGCGCUUGUGGUCUCAAGUAUCGCCAUGCCGAGAGCCGCGGUAUGCGUGGCGUGAGGCUGGUUGAUGGACGCCUUCAUGCACCUGACGAAGGCUGGAACUAUGUGUUUGUCUGCGUGUUCCCCAAAGGAAUGGAGGCCAUUGGUUCCCAAGAAAAUAAACGCAAGUCAGAUGACCAUCUUGAGAGUUCCAUGUCAAAGACUAAGAGGAUGGAGAGCAAGCAACGAUGCUCGGACUUGAUUGUCUUGGGACUGCCUUGGAAGACAACAGAAAAGGAAUUGCGUGAAUACUUUGAGCCUUUUGGAGAGGUUCUCAUGGCACAGGUUAAGAAAGACCCCAAGACCAGUCAAAGCAAAGGAUUUGGGUUCAUCAGGUUUGGCAAUUACGAAACCCAAGUAAGAGUUUUGUCCCAGCGGCACAUGAUUGAUGGGCGGCUCUGUGAUGUCAAAAUCCCCAAUUCAAAGCAGGAAGGACAAAUUCAGCAGGUGAACAGCAAAGUGUUCAUUGGACGAUGCACAGAAGACAUAAGUGCUGAUGAUCUUCGUGAAUACUUCAGCAAGUUUGGUGAGGUCACCGAUGUUUUCAUUCCUAAGCCAUUCAGGGCUUUUGCCUUUGUUACUUUCUUAGAUCCUGAUGUAGCUCAGAGUCUCUGCGGUGAGGAUCAUAUAGUGAAGGGCACGUCAGUUCAUGUGUCAAAUGCUGCACCCAAGAGUGACCCCAAUCGUGGACCUUUUGGGCGUGGUGGACGCAUGGGUGACGGGCGAGGAUAUGGUCAGGGUGGUUAUGGGCAGGGAGGAUAUGGUCAGGGAAUGAAUAAUGGUGGGAAUUGGAAUCAGAGUGGGAACCGUGAAAUGCCCAACUUAGCAGCCUUGGGUACCUCACUGGGUCUUGGGGGUUCUGGGCAGGGUGGCCAAGGGAGUGGACAGAAUGUUAACCCACUAAACAUGGGAGCAUUAACCAUGCCCAUGCUUGCUGCUCUUAGCCAGGCCAGCUGGGGUCUCCUAGGUAACCUGCAGCAGCAGAACCAAGAUGGAUCCCAGGCUCCGGGCGGCUACAACCAGGGAGGGCAGCCCAACCAGGGGGGAGGACCCACUAAUAAUCCUCCCCCAGUUAACCAGGGUGGGGGUCAUGGAAGCUGGGGAACUGGUAGCUCAGGUGGUGGUUGGGGAGAUGGCAGUCAGGGUGGGUCUUGGGGCCCUUCUCAGAGUAGGGAGAAGUACAACAGGUAUGAUAUGUAAGAAUGUUUGGCAGACCUGGGUGGGUGAGGAGUGGAUGAGACAUCAGGCCAUGACAAGUAGAAUGCUGAAGUAAAGACUUGUUUACAUCAAUUGAGUGACUGCUGUAAGCAACAUCUUUUUAUUACCUGCCUGCAAAGGCAGAGGGGGUGGCUCAGGGGUGUUCAAAGUGUGUGUGGGUCAAGUCAACACUCCCUCUUCCCUUGUCUAAAGCAUGCUCUAGUUUUAGCCAAGUAUUCACUUUAACUAUAAUGAAUAAUAUUCACGCUUAGUGUGUAUCGUUGGUGUGGUGAUCAUGUAUGGGUGGGUGCUGGGGCCCAAGUACUUGGCCCUGAAUGUUGUAGCAGUGUUUGAUCACAUGGUAUGAUUGUAAGGGCACUCCUCUCUUGCUGCGUGUAGCCUCCCGGGGCAUGGGUGGUGGCAACUUUGCCAGAAGGAACGUGACCAACCGUGUGACAGCUACAUUGUACUGAGAGUGGUAUGGACGUGUGGAUGGCAGAGCUUGCCAAUGCCAGGGCCGUGCAGAACAUUCGGUUCAUUGGGUGUGUAAGUCUCAGUAGCGUGAGAGAGAGGCCCUCUGAAUCCUUCAGGGAAGCGGAAUGUUUCCUAGUGAUCUAGGGUUCACUGGAUUGAUUUCACUUCUUUGAUGGGUGGAGAGGAUCUGAGGCAAUCAGUACCAUGAGCCUGGCUCCAUACCGUUCUCAUGAAAUGCUGUUAUUAUAUUAAUGUUACAGUUGACAAUUGAUUUCCAACCUGCUUCACAACACCAUUGUAAUCUAAGGUCACACUUUAUUGCUUACCCCAUAGCUUAGCUGUUCGCCUUUUGUGAACAGUGUGGAACCAGGAGUCUUGUAUAUAGUGUGCGUUUGUUUACAGCAAGAUUGUGAGAAUGUUAGCAAUUUCCUGCUUGGAAUUUUCUCAUGGUUCCAUCUCCCCACUUAUAUUCAGGGACAAAGUUCUGUGUGGAAUGGUUCUAAAUGCUUGGAAUUGCUGACAAUUUCACGAGUUAUAAUCAUGUUUCUCACUCUAAUCACAGACUCAAUAUUUGCCAGUGUGAGGUGUGACCGAGGAAGCCCUGAGUGUGUAGACUAGGAAGGCCAAGCUAUGAGUGUGUGACAAUGCAACAUAUUGAUAUAUUUUGAAAGUCCUAUAUGAGCAUUGGCCUCUUUAUUUUAAUACUUCGUGUGCAUCUCUAAUAAGACAACCAAAAAGUGCAUGAGUCUCAUUGGCCUAGUGUAGACUCUGCCCCUUAUUCCCUGCUCAACACAUCUUGCUUAGCAUUCUGUCAAUGAGCACUGCACAAGUGUGAAUUCAAUGUUUAGGAAAGUAAUCUCAUUGUCCAUAGUGUACUGGACAAGAUUUGCAAUUGUUUUUAAAAUUCAUUUAAUGCAGAUAAGUUUGUUUGAAACUGUGCAUUAAAAUUUAUAUUGCAGAUGUUUUUGUCAGUUUCAAACUGUGCAAAAAUGUGUUCAUGGCAAUAAGUCGUCUGCUUCACUUAUAUAUAGAUAUAUUCUGGGGAAGGGGCAACUACUACCUUGACCUCACCUGACCUCCCCUCUCAGUGUUGCCGAGGUCACUGACCUGGGAAUCACAGUACAAAGUCUGUGUGUUGAGCAUGGUGGUAAGAAGUGCCGGUCAGUUGGAAGCAGGAAGGCAGUCAUCCUAGCAUUAGAUUCGAGCAUCAAAUCCAAAUUCUUUGACUUCGGUCAUUGUUUCAAGUGGCAUUUACUUUAGUUAAGAUUUUAUCAAGCAGGUUUGAAUCUCGAUUCUAUAGAUGUUUGGCUGUUUGGUUAAAGUAGUUGGUAUUUUCUGCUUAGGUAUCAGUUGAAUUGGCUUUACAUAUAGCUGUUCUUCACCCUUCCUGCUCUCCUCUGGCACGCGAUGAAAGAAGGUAUGACAGAGCCACGUACGAUUAACAAGCAGGCCUUGUGUUUACCACAGGAUCUUUCUCAGUCAUAAGUGGAAGAAUAUUUUGUUUGAGUUUUUGGCAUGAGUGAAUUUCAGUACGGUUGACUAGUAGUUUCAUAAACUACAAACAUGAUGCUGUUUUUUUUUUUUUUUUGUUUUUUUUUUCUCUCCAUUCAUUUCACCCAAGAUUUUAAUUCACAUUAUUCUUAGAAUUUUCACCCAUAUACGAGGUGUACAUGUACUCCAUACGGGCUCUUUAUGAAAAGUGUGUGCUGUGAGUUUUUAAUGAAAACAAAAAAAAUUAUAGGAAGGUACAAAAGUUGUGCGUCCUGCUGUCAGGUGACCAGAGUGAGUUAUGCGUGACCCAAAAGCCGGACUGGUAUAUUUACUUUCUCAGUUUGGUAAAGCCUUCCUUGGACAGAGCAUGGAGUUGAGCAUAUAUUAGCCAUAUUAGUGUGAACAAAAUCUGUAGAUCUCCAUGUUUUCCCCUAGGAAUGGCAAUCAUGUCAAGUUCACUAAAAAAGUGUUGUCAUCUUCAACCUGUAACAACGUAAUCUUGAAGGGGUGUGCACUGCAAUUCAUUAGGAUGGGAAGGACCCAGUAGUUAGUGCCAGGGCCAGGCAGAUAUGAACUGUUGGUGAUGCAAGAUCGAAAGUAUGGCCUAACAUCUGCAUGUAUUUAUGGUAGAAUGAUUUAUGGACUUAUGAAAAUGUGGUGAAAUUUGAGUAUUAUUGUAUGGAUUCUGAAACAUGACAAAGAAUGAUAUGUGAGAUUUAAGUUGUAAAGGAGUUACAAUGAAUGUGGUGAGGCAGGAGUGAGGAGGAGUAAAUAGGAAAAUGAAAUGAGCAAUAAAGUCUUGAGGAUGCUUUAGUGGGGCCCAUUUUCUUGUUAAAAGUUGAAAAUGGACCUUUCUAAAGUAUUUUCCCUCAGACUGCUGGUCAUGCAAGAAUUUGGAGCGCUUUCUACUGUUGUCCUUUCGGGCGUGAUUGUGAAUGUUUGUAUUGCUAGAAUGCUCUGUCUAAUAAACGAUUCACAGCCAAA